AUGCGCAAUGAAUAUGGUAAUAUGUUGUCAUGUGAUCGUCCACUGGAAACUAGAGCGUCUUUGUCUGUUCAGAAUUCGCUAUCACUGUGUUCUUUAGAACAUCUAGAAUUCGAGUUUCUAGAAUUUGUAAAGCUAACAGUCGCUGACCAGCCUCGGUUAGCCCAACUUGGUGGACGUCCAGGAACGCGACCGUUGAUACGUGCAUAUCUAAGUCUUCGCUUGUCGUCAAAAAACUUAACGAAUGAUCCGUGUCAGUCAUUUGGACAGAAAGAUUGGGAAUUCGAU